CCUCAGUCCUGGACACUUCAGCUCGGCCGGCACAAUUGUCCCCUCGUGCACGCUGUAACAAGACAAGCCCGCCGCAGGGACCAUUCACCGGCACGCUCGCGCACUCUUCCGGCACCGUUAUUUUGCGGCGGGACCCUCCUCGGCCACCUCCAUCGUCGCCCGACAGCGUCUCCGGCUAACGAUAAGGCAACGUAGCAUUCCCUACCUACUUCCGCGCUCCGAAGCCGCUUGUUAAAUAUACCGGCGCAUCCGCUGCUGUUGUUCCGCGACCGCACUCCUUCCAAUAUGGCUCAACUGGACACCUUGGACAUUGUCGUCCUCGCGGCGCUUCUGAUCGGCACCAUCGCAUACUUCACCAAAGGCACAUACUGGGCUGUGUACGGAGAUCCAUACGGCAAUGUUGCUGUGCCGAACGGCGCCGCCAAGUCCGGCAAGUCGCGAAACAUCGUCGAGAAGUUGGACGAGAGUGGCAAGAACUGCGUCGUGUUCUAUGGAAGUCAGACUGGAACCGCAGAGGACUAUGCCUCGAGAUUGGCCAAGGAGGGCCAUUCGAGGUUCGGUCUGAGCACCAUGGUCGCUGAUCUGGAAGACUACGACUACGAAAACCUCGACCAGUUCCCCGAAGACAAGCUCGCCGUAUUCGUCCUGGCCACCUACGGCGAGGGCGAGCCUACGGACAAUGCCGUCGAGUUCUACGAAUUCAUCAGUGCUGAGGAUGUUUCGUUCAGUGAGGGUGUCUCGGCUGAGGACAAGCCACUUUCGUCCUUGAAGUACGUUACUUUCGGUCUGGGCAACAACACCUAUGAGCACUAUAAUUCCAUGGUCCGCAACGUCGACAAAGCCCUCACCCGCUUGGGCGCCACGAGAUUCGGAACUGCCGGCGAGGGAGACGACGGUGCUGGAACAAUGGAGGAAGACUUUUUGGCUUGGAAAGAGCCCAUGUGGGUCGCUGUUUGCGAGAAGAUGGGCUUGGAAGAGCGGGAAGCCGUCUACGAGCCAGUUUUCGAGAUUACCGAGAAGCCUGAUAUGGAUGCUGACGAGGAUGAGGUCUACUUGGGAGAACCUAACAAGAACCAUCUCGAGGGCAACCAGAAAGGCCCGUUCAACGCCAACAAUCCCUUCAUUGCUCCCAUCGCCGAAUCACAGGAGCUCUUCACAGCCAAAGACCGGAACUGCUUGCAUAUGGAAAUUGACAUCUCCGGGUCCAACUUGUCGUACACGACCGGCGAUCAUAUUGCAAUUUGGCCAACCAAUGCCGGCAAAGAAGUAGACCGUUUCAUCAACAUCCUCGGUCUUGGAUCCAAGCGCCACAUGGUCAUUGGUGUCAAGGGCCUGGACCCUACUGCCAAGGUUCCGUUCCCGGCCCCUACCACCUACGACGCAGCUAUCCGUUACCACAUGGAAAUCUGCGCUCCUGUAUCACGUCAAUUCGUAUCGACGAUCUCUGCCUUUGCUCCUACCGAAGAUGCCAAGGCUGAAAUGACAAAGCUUGGUGGCGACAAAGACUAUUUCCACGAGAAGGUAAUUGAUCGCAGCCUCAACAUUGCUCAGCUUCUCGAACAACUUUCAGACGGACAACCCUGGGAAAAGGUACCGUUCUCUCUGAUGAUCGAAGGCUUGAUCAAGAUUCAACCCCGCUUUUACUCCAUUUCUUCAUCUUCGCUAGUGCAAAAGGAUAAGAUUUCCAUCACAGCCGUGGUUGAAUCCUCGGUGAAACCAAACUCGCCACAUGUCCUCAAGGGUGUCACCACAAACUAUCUCCUCGCUCUGAAACAGAAACAGCACGGUGCUGCCGAACCAGAUCCUCAUGGCCUGAACUACGCUCUUACUGGACCGCGAAAUAAGUACGACGGCAUUCACGUACCCGUCCAUGUACGCCACUCGAACUUCAAACUUCCGUCGGACCCCACAAAGCCGAUCAUUAUGGUCGGUCCAGGCACCGGCGUUGCUCCGUUCAGGGCUUUCGUCCAAGAACGUGCGUCCCAGGCUCGCGCUGGCCAAGCCGUUGGUAAGACUGUGCUCUUCUUCGGAUGCCGGAGGAAGGAAGAAGACUUCUUGUAUCAAAAUGAGUGGCAGCAAUACGAAAAAGACUUGGGGGAAAACUUUGUGUUGCAUGUUGCUUUCUCCAGAGAUGGGCCUAAGAAGGUCUACGUACAGCACAAGAUCGAGGAGUACGCCGAGGAGCUAGACAAGCUCCUCCAGCAAAAGGCCUACUUCUAUGUCUGCGGUGAUGCAGCCAACAUGGCACGAGAAGUCAACGUGCUAUUAGCAAAGAUCAUCUCUAAGCAGCGGGGUGUUCCAGAGUCCAAGGCAGAGGACAUCGUGAAGGCAAUGAGGGCGUCCAACCAGUACCAGGAAGAUGUCUGGUCAUGAGCUUCUUAUCCAUAUUAUCUCGCAUUUGUGUUUUUCGCCGCUUUCAGCUCCGCGGCUGGCGUUGGCCCGUGGUUUGACGAGCUUGACGGUCUUGUUAGAGGUGUCUGGGUGCUGCUAGCAUAGCAUAAGCAUUCUUGUCUAAGCGCGAUUCAAUAUAUAGAACCAAACCAAACCAGGAUAAACCUUCCUAUACCCAAUCCUGUGACUUCGGCCUGGCUAGAUAAGGCCUUCCAUAAGACCUACCUGAAGAUAAGAGAAAUUCAAUGAAGGUUACU